AUGAACCAAGAACUAACAUCCCAAGAGGACAAUGGAUUGAGAAAUCACUUACCCAGCUUGAAUGAAGAUGAACUGGAAAGGGUUAUUUUCGCCACUUGGUUCAAAGGUACCCCUUUUGCCAGUCAUCGCCGUAAAUCAUUGGUAAAAAUAGUCGUGCGAAAUGGUAUCAGGCUCAAUCCGUUCCGUAAAAGUAUAAUAAAGAUUAAAAAUCGAUAUGGAAGGAAACUUGCUUGCUUGACAUUUGACGAUAGGUUAAAUUUAGCGCGUUUACCAGGCACAUUAAAGUACGAUACAUCAAAACUUGGCAAACAUUACAUAGGUAAAAUAAUCAAUCUGCUAGACUCAAAAUCCACCACUAGUGUUUACAAUAACACUAUUAACAGCCUCAAUUUGUUAGGGUUAAAUACCGCAUUAAAUACUUCGAAUCAAAGUUACGAUUCUACUAUGGAUGACUCGAGUUGGGUUAGUGUCACAGAAAGUGAUAAAGAGGUACAGGAUUCAAAAGACAAAUCUCUAGCUCAAUCACUAGCGGGUAUUGUUAAUAAUCACUUGAUCCACUCAUUUUCGCUACUGGGCAAAGACAUAUUUGAAUCCCUGCCCAACGUUUCAAAACAAUUAAUUAACGCCAAAAGAGAGGGCUCUGUAGCCCCUCCCCCCCUAGUUUACAUUGGCAAUGGGUACUACAAACCGAGUAGGAUAAUAAAACCUUGCUAUGCCAUGUCUAUCGAUAAUUUACAUCGUUGGUAUUUGAUGACUAGAACACCCAAUAAUAUAAAUGCAAUUAUUGACAAUGAGGAAAUAACCAAUUCUCUAGUGUCCAAUGUCUACUAUCCUUUUGGGAAUACUGAUGGGCCCUUGUCUGUUGAUGAACUGGGCUGCGACUUUUCAAUCCAAUUUGUACACCCCUCUAUACGCAAACAUUUGUUUACGGCUAAUGAUCCUUCCUACUUUUACUUGUUUCAGGAAUCAAUCAGUAAAUCUGAAACUUCAUUCUUAGCUAGAGCAUUGUUAUCCGCUGAAAGAUACAGGAAGAAAUCAAAGAUAAACGAGAAAGAACUUCAAACAGUUGAGAACGAUAAUUUGAACCACGAGGAUCCAGAUUCCAUUUGGUCUCUUGUAACCGAGAUGACGGAUUCAAAUGACCACCCUAAAAGCAUGACAAUGCCCUACUCCGAUGCCUUUAUCGGUAUUUCCAUGUGCCCAGGUGGAUUCUUCAUCCCUUACCACCUGGGCGUUUUGUCAUUAUUCUCCGAACACAAUGUUGUUAACAUUACUACGCCCCUGGCUGGAUCCUCAGCGGGAGCCAUAGCUGCUGUAUCUGCUGGUAUGGGUGCAAACUUCUACCAAAUGAUGAAUAUAACAGAGGGCAUUAUUGAAAAUUUGCGCCUCCAUGGCAUUAAACAUCGCCUCAAUCAGGCACUAUAUCAGAUUUUAAGUGCUACAAUGCCUUCUGAUAGCCCGGAGUUUCUAAACAAUCGAAUUGGAUCCAUUACUUGUUGCUGUACAUUAAUGACCCCGAUUCCCAAAGCUAUGUACACUAGUGAAUACUAUGAUAAACAGGAUCUUAUCCAGUGUAUAGUUGCGAGUUCUAACAUACCAAUGUAUUCUGGGAAAUCUCCGACCGUCAAGUUUAGGGGAGCUAAUUGUAUUGACGGUCUGUUUAGCUCCAGACGAUGUUUUGGUUCACCUCCUACGGGAUCAAAGCGUGAUAUUGUGAUAUCUUCAUUCCAUGCCCUAAAAUUUGGAAUCAUCACGGGUCUCAACGAUUGUGUUUCGCCUCAUUUGGCAGGACUAGACAGCCUCAUUGAGCAAUAUCUGAAGCUAAAGUCUCUGCAGAAAAGAUUUCUGUGCAUAAAAUAUAAUUUGCGUUCCGAUUAUGACGAAUGGAAGGCCUUUGUACAAGAAGCACAUAUGUUAUACAAACGCAUUUCUGAUAGAUGCGACGAUUUGGAUAUGGAGAGGGAUAUCGAGUUACAGACGCAUGAUCUGAUCGUUUUGACUAAGCAUAUGUCACGCGGGCAAAUUAGGCUGUUCAAACAAGUGUUACAGGACUCACAAAUGGUAAUCAAACUCAAUUUGUCAUAUAACGUCUUUAUGGACUUUAGGAAUAAGAUUGCAGGCAAUCCACUCACUAGUGAUGCAAUUAGGCAGUUUGUAGCAAGAUUCGGCCUAGAAGAGUGGCUAUCACUUGAAAUAGAGCGAUUAAAUGGGACUAAAAUUAUGGAAGAGUUAUCAUUGUCUGAAACUGACCCUUCUCAGGCCCAAUUUACCUCCGUCUCUGUCUCUGAGGAUAAUGAUUCACACGUUGAGAAUGAAUAUUACAAGGGCUUUGAUGCAUACGCUGGACAAAUCGAAAGCAUUGAUUGCCAAGUGUCCAAUCCAUAUGAAUCAGUGGAUGAGCAGUAUAGCAAAAUUGAUACUCUGAGUAAAUCGGAAUCGAUCGCCACGGUCGCUAGCAAUUUGAGACGGAAAAUUAAGAAAUUGAGGAUGAUUAUCAAGUGUAUAUCAAGUUUUCUUUGUUUUGUGUUCCCACCUAAUAAAUUGAGCUAUUACUACACCAAUUCUUGUACAAUGUUGUCUCAUGAAAUGUCACCUUCACAAAUCUACAAUUUCGCUUUAAAGGGCAGUUCUCUUGAGGAUGUGCGUCAAAUGUUUGACCAGGGUCGUGCUGACGCCUUCCGCUGGAUAAUCCUAGAAUACAUACUGCUCGAGAACUACUUAUACCAGAAGCUGGGAACGUAUAAUCGCGAAUUAGAGGGAUUAAAUGAUCGACUGAUCCGCCUAGUUGGUCCCAGCGAAUUUGAAGCGUUCAGCGACCUGGGCCAAUCCAUAAAUGCCGAUGCGACUUGUAAGUGCGAGACUAGUAUUGACUGCAAGCGGUGUAAGAAGGGCACUAGUAAUAAGACUUACCGAAGGCCUUUGUUCAAUAAUUCCAAUAAAAAACACAAUAGGGAGUCUAACAAUAUUCUAAAGGAGCAAAUUAAUUACAUAAAUAAUGUACUGGGGCCACCCGAUGACUUUGAGAAAAUCAUUGGGGAUGGUGACUGUGGCAAAUGUGACAAUGCAAGUCCCGAUAAAUAUGUCACAGCAAAAUAUGAAGGCGAAUUUAAGCCAUCAGAUAUAGCUAACAACACUCCUAAUCGUGUCACUACUGAGGGUUCAAACCACAGCCAAGAUAAGGCUGCCAUGGACUAUCUGUUUAAGAGACAGAACUGCAUAAUAAAGCAAACAAUCCGACUAAAUAUUUUAAAGGACUCGGAUUUUAUGCAUAUAUUGACUCACACGGGCCACUGGAUAAAUUCCGCUGAAUCGUCUUGUAUUAUCUAG